AUGGAUGAUUAUUAUUAUUAUAAUUAUGAUGAUGAUGAUGACGAUGAUGAUGAUGAUGAUGAUGAUAUUGAUGUUGAUGAUGAUGAUGAUUUCAAUAACUGUCAAUUAUUAACCUUAAAAACAAUAACAGAAGAACUCGUCAUCGAACAAUUAUGCAAGAUAAUUCUGACAAUACAUGCACGUAAAGAAUUUGUAUCAGUUCAACGUGUUGAACAGGAAUUAUUUGCAUAUUUUGAUGUUCAUUCAUUUCGUAAAUUGCAAGUUGAUCAACGUAAUCUGACUCCAUUAACCAAUUUAAUUCAGCGUCAUAAAUCUGUUAAACUUUACAUGCAAGUCUUUGAAAAAAUUUUCAAUUUAUGUACUUUACACGAUUUGGGUCCCAUGUUAGCAGAAUUUCUUAAACUUCAACAAUAUGAUGAUGCUCAUUUGGGUCCACUUGAUAAACAUCCCGAUGUUCAACGUUUAUUUCAAUAUAAACAACCGACCUCAGGCAAUCCAAUUACGGAAAUUACGACGGGUAAUGUUAUCAAUGCAUUUAUUCAUUUUCAUGCUAAAUAUCGUGGUCCAUCACGUAUGCCAUUUGAUGAAUUUCUCGAAGAAUUAGUCAAAGAAUAUAAGGUAGAAAAUCGUGAACAACUGGGCAUUUUCUGUCGUUCGUUUCCAUACUUAACUGAGGUUACAAGAAAAUUGACGCGGGCACAUCAAUUACAUAUUCGUCGAUCUGAAACAUAUGCUCGAUUAAAUAUCACACAAAUGGUUCAACAAAGAUUUUCCGAAUUAAGUAAAAAAUUAAAAGAUGAAUUUCAAAUCCCAUUAGAUAAGCAGAAUAAAACACCGACCGCUGUGUUUGAUCAUCUUAUUUCAAUCGUUGAAAAAUAUUUAAUUGUAUCUGAACAAGAAAUCGUUCGAGAUACAUUAAACAAAUUUCGCAAAGAUGAGUUAUUACAAUGCCUGUUCAAUAUUAGUAUCUGUUUAGGAAAAAUAAAAGAACCUGAUGAAUUAAUGAUGGAAUUAAAAAAUUUCUAUCAAUAUCCAUCAGUUAGCCCCAUGCAAUCCACGACGAUGUCAACAUCUCUACCGUCACAUCCCAAUCAACUGUUAGACAAUAAACAAUAUCAAUCAAUGCCGCUCAAUCACCCAUCCGUAAUUUCUGAUAUUUGUUGA